UUGGUUUAACCUACGAUGACAGAUGAUCACAAUAGCAACGAUGAUAGGAGAAAAGAGGUGGAUAUUUACCCUAUAAGCUGCUACUAUUUUGGAUCCAAAGAAGCCAUUGUUUCCAAGGAUGAAACGCCGUCGGAUCGUGUUAAGAGGAUGAAAUCCAAUUAUGCUGCUCAUGGACUGAGGACAUCUGUGGAAGCUGUUCUUCUGGUUGAGUUGUUGAAACAUCCUCAUUUGCUGCUCCUCCAAUCUAAAAACUCCAUCUUUAACCUUCCUGGUGGUCGUUUGAGGUCAGGCGAAUCAGAUAUUGAUGGGUUGAGACGUAAGCUUUCGAGGAAGCUCUCCGCUAGUGAAGAUGAUGAUGAAGAGAAAUGGGAGGUUGGAGAGUGUCUCGGCAUGUGGUGGCGGCACGAUUUCGAAACACUCUUGUGUCCAUACUUGCCGACCACCGUGACAAAGCCCAAGGAAUGCACCAAACUCUUCCUUGUUCGGUUGCCGGAAAGUCGGAAAUUCAUUGUGCCGGAAAAUUUGAAUCUGCUUGCAGUUCCACUGUCUCAGGUUCAUGAAAACAACCAGACAUACGGACCGAUAAUAUCAUGUGUGCCGCAGUUGCUGUCCGAAUACUCCAUCAACAUUGUUCACAUUUAGAAUAUGCAUACUAGGUUGAAGUUAUAAG